CCGCGAGACUUUGGUGGGCGUGGACACACAGACGAAGGCUUCCUGCUCGGGUGAACACGUGGUUCCGUGUCUGCCUCCCUGCUUGUCUGUCAGUGUGUGAAGGUUUCCAACCCUUCUCUCACUCUUCUCCCCCUCUUUAUCCUCCCGUGCGACACGGCGGACCUUCUCCUGUGUUUGCUCCGUCCCGCCCGCACCUCCACACCUCCUCCUCCUCCUCCUCCUCCUGCUGCUGCUGCACUCUCCUUCUUCUUCUUCUUCUCUUCGCGACGCUUCCCGGGACUGCCGACAGCCAGGCCGCGGUCACUUCAACGUGUAUCCGGAGGGAGAGUGUGUGUGUGGGGAAAGUGUGUGUAUGUGUGUGUGCGUGUGUGUGUGAGAGAGAGAAAGAGAGUGCGUGUGCGCGCACCCGCCCGCUACCGGUACAUCCGUGUUAUUUCCACCAGUAUCCCGCUUCGCUGUUCGGUCAUGACGCUGGAAGCGAUCCGCUACCGGUCCGGGUCUCUGCAGAUCCUCAACCAGCUGCUGCUGCCACACCAGACCGUUUACGAUGAGAUCCGCUCCGUGCAGGACGCUUACGAGGCCAUCAAGUCCAUGAAGGUGCGGGGCGCUCCGGCCAUCGCCAUCGUCGGCUGCCUCAGCCUGGCUGUGGAGUUACGGGCAGGCUCCGGGGGUGAUGACCCUGUGACCUUCAUCAGGGAGUCUCUGUGUCACCUGACCUCAGCCCGGCCCACCGCAGUCAACAUGGGUCGCGCUGCCCGUGAACUGAUGGAGUUUGCUGAGAACGAGAGCAUGGAGAAGAACUCGGAGCAGCUCAGAGAAAGUGUAAUUGCCUGGAUCGAAGACAUGCUGGAGCGUGACGUCAAUGACAACAGGAAGAUCGGUAACUAUGGCGCCCAGCACAUCCUGUCUGGCGUCCCGAGGGACUCUGUGACCAUCCUCACACACUGCAACACCGGCUCGCUGGCCACAGCUGGAUACGGGACCGCACUCGGCGUGGUGCGGAGCCUCCACGCGCUGGGCAGGCUGAAGCGUGUGUACUGCACGGAGACGAGGCCGUACAACCAGGGAUCCAGACUGACAGCGUAUGAGGCGGUAGCAGAGGGAAUCCCGGCUACACUUAUCACAGACAGCAUGGCAGCCCUCACCAUGAGAGAAAUGGACAUCACAGCUGUGGUGGUGGGAGCAGACAGGGUGGUUGCCAAUGGCGACACAGCCAACAAGGUGGGCACGUACCAGCUGGCCAUCGCCGCAAAGCACCAUGGGAUUCCAUUCUAUGUGGCCGCACCCAGCACGUCAUGCGAUUUGAGCCUGGAGAGCGGCAGGGACAUCAUCAUCGAAGUGCGCCCUCCCGAGGAACUCACCAGUAUAAACGGAGUCCCCAUUGCUGCCCCAGGCAUCGAGGUGUGGAACCCGGCGUUCGACGUGACCCCUCACCAGCUCAUCACGGGAGGCAUCAUCACAGAGUUGGGAGUCUUCCUCCCCUCUGAGCUCCAGGCGGCGCUCACUGGCCGCCUCACCGCCCUCUAGAGGUCACUCAGCUCCCCCUGCUGGUCUGUGUGCACCACUGCACCUUAGCUCCACACACUCAGAAGACACUCUCCUCUCAGUGCAGAACACAGACACACACACACAGUAGUUGUGGUUUAAUUUAAUUUUGAUCAACACACAGUCAUUGUUGCAUGUCAGUGGUGCACACAGAAGAAAAUAUAUUCUUCAGUCUCACGUAUACACAAAGUCACCACAGGGAGUCAAGCAGACACACGUGCAGUCUCCCUUUUCUUUUUCGUCCCUCAUUGUUUUCUGUCGUUCCAUAAUUUCACUCUUCCCUAAGUUUUCCCAUCCCUCCUUUCAUUCUCUCUCUUUUCUCUCUAAAUGGCUUCGGACAAGGAAUAGUGCUCAGCUGGACUCAAUCCCGUAAAUUCUAUUUGGCAAACAAUUUUUAUGAGUCAUUACUGAGGUGAUUUUUUUUGGGGGGGGGGCUUCAUCAACUGUAAGCAAAAGUGGCAUGACUGAUUCCUUUUCUUUCUCUUCAAAGUAGUGGUUUUUAUCAGCCAUGAUUUCGAAAAUGCUGCUACCCACUUGUAAAUAUACAUAUCCUUGCUGGUGGUGUGUACAUAUGUAGAAAACUAACCCCUGCUAGUGAAAGGUACUGCUAUUUUAACCAAAUAUGUGGUUAUUUAAAAUUAAAGUUGACAUCAAAAAUGUUAUAUUAACAUUUCAUUUCUUUGAUUCUGUGUAGAAAUCUUUUGUAGAGGAAUAAUCCAAAUUUAUAUCUAAUGGAUUUUGACAACGAGAAAUUUUUAGCGCUAUGAAAAAUCGUGUUUCACGCUCACUUUUUAACCCUUUGUGGCAAAAGUUUGGAACAAGUGGAAUUACUUGAUUGGUCCUCGUUAGUCAGCUGAAGCCUAUGAUGAUACAUGGCUGUGUUUAUACCUCACUUCUUGUUUGCAUCUUGUUAUUACCAGUUGUAUCAUACCAACACUUGUAUUCUCAUAAUGUACUUAUAUAAGUAACCAUACUUAUUUCAUCACCAUAUGAAUAUUCACCAUACUGCACAGGACACUCUGUAAGAAUGAAAACUCUGAAAAAAAGGGAAAUUGUUUCACUUAUGCCAUAACAGCUUUUGCUGUGAGCUCAGCGGUCUGUCAUGCUGUCGUAUUUCUAUAAUACAGGCAUCACUAUUAAAGGCACAGUUCACCCCGAAAUGAAGGUUUUGUCAUCUGCUCACUUGCAUGGUAGUCAAGACUUUAUUAAUGUUUGUGCAACCAUAAAAUACUUAUGUAUUUUUCAGUCAGUCACACUAAAUUAUUAUUGAAUAACAGGGCAAUCAUUUACAACCUUGAGACAUGUUUUUUUUAAAAAACAAAAACAAAAAAAAAUCCAACAUAAUAUUUCUAUAUCUUCCUAUGUAACUUCCCACUGAAGGUGUGUUCAACCAGAGCAACAUCAGAACAGUAGUAGAAAAGCUAAAUAUUGAGCUUUAAAAUGAAUAUUUUUAUGUUAACAAUGGAUAAAAUGACCACGUGUAACAUUAGAGGUGUUGUUCAUAGUGACAACCUAAGAAUUAACACUAAACUCUCAAGUUCCCAUCAGCUCUACAGAAUGUUUUAGCUUCUGUCAGCCUAUGUUUUGGUUUUAAGGCCUGCAACUUUACUGCUUGGGUUUACUCUUAGUACUAUCGUCAUAUCUUUUAGUCACAAAGUACAGAAGCUCUAGUAAACCCACUGCACUUUACCUGCUGAGCACCAGACUGCAGACAGACAAAGCUAGCAAUUGGCUUGUGAACACAGUGGAGCCUUUAGCAGCUGAUGGUGUACUGGACUUAGAUUUGUCAGGUGGUUGCAAACACAACUUCAAAAUGAUUAUGUUGCUCUGCGCCCACUGGAUGUGUCAAUAAUCAGCUGUUUGCUAACAUAUUUGCUUUAGCAACUUGAGAAGGUGACAGUAUCUCUGUGCUGUGUUUACAGCUUGUCACACUGCUCCCAAGUGGCCAAAGAUCCGAGUAAUAGCAGGAUUCAUAAAUCAUGGUGUUGAUAUUAUGCAGUGGCUUCACUUACUCAGAAGUCACAGGCCACACACAUGUCAAAGUUUGUCGAAAAGUAGAUGACUUCAUGUCUAUUUUGGGGUGAACUUUUCCUUUAAGACACGGAGGGGGGUCUUAUCCAUUAUCUUGCAGUAUCUGCCUGCAGAAAGUUGUGCAACACCAACAACCAGAAUGUAAUGUUCAACUCAGAUGAACUUGUUUUUCUUUGGGGCUGUGCUCAGGGCAGACUGCAGAUAUUCAGUCACUUUGUGCUCAGUGCAGAAUGUUUGGAUCAGUCCCACCUGUCAGCCAUGAAUUUUCAGAUCAGACGAGUUAAAUUGUCAGAGGCAGGCUGAAUAGAGAAGAAAAAAAUAAAAA